ACCGCCAGCAGGUUGGGUUGCACGGAGCGGCGGCGGCUGCGGUGCGGGGUUUGCUCGAAGCGCAGUUAGAGGCGUGGCGUGUGAGGCAUAUGUGUUCUGCCCAGGGAGGGAACUACUCCAGGCCAGCAAGAAUGUUUCUUACAUCCAAAGAUGCCAACUCCAUCCUGAAGCGGUUUCCAAGAGCAAAUGGUUUUCUAGAAGAGAUUCGGCAAGGCAGUAUUGAACGGGAAUGUAGAGAGGAGAUUUGUGUCUAUGAAGAGGCAAAAGAAGUGUUUGAGGAUAAAGAGAAAACGAUGGAAUUCUGGAAGGAAUAUAAUAAAAAUCCGUACACAACUCCAAGCAACAAUUCUGGUCUCCGUGUAGAGCGCACUGAUGCAAUCUAUGUUGUCGUCCCUCUCCUGGGUGUAGCACUGUUAAUUGUUAUUGCACUCUUUGUGAUCUGGAGAUGCCAGCUGCAAAAAGCAACUCGACGCCGGCCAACGUACUCUCAGAGUAGGUACCUGACAAGCCGCACAACACGAAGUCUCCCUCGCGUUCUUGUGCAUCGGGAGACGCCACAUGCUCAGACAGACCCAUCUCAUCAUGAGCAUCAGAGUACCAGGCUCACUUCAGACCCUAGUGAGCCCAGUGGGCAGCCAUCAAAUAGAAAUCUGUAUGCGCAGGAACAAUCUGCGUCUGUGUCUUCGAGACUGUCCAAUGCAACCCCGCCACCUUCGUAUGAAGAGGUUACUGGACAUGUUGAAAGCAGUGGGGAGGAGACAACUACGCCAUACAGUGAUCCACCACCAAAAUAUGAAGAGAUUGUUGGAGUACAUCCGGCUGUAUCACGGCAGAAUAUCAUAAACAAAUAACUGGCUGGUGAUCUAAUGGAAAUGACUGAUUCAGUGAUGGUAGCAUGCUGAAGUAAGAGACCUCCUGCUUUGAGACAACUGUCUACCUUUUACUACUUGGGUAAAAUUUACUUCCAGAACACACAUGUUCAGGUGGCCCAUUGAAUUUGAGUAAAGCAGAGGCAUAGUACAAUGAGGUCGGUAAAGCUCUGAAUAAAAUUGGAUUAUACUGCAUCAUUCUAGUUGAAUACCUUGCAGAGACUAUUCCAGUUUAUUAUGUAGGGUAAAGAAGGUGUUUAACCUGCUGUAUGUGAAAAUACACAACUAAAGCUAAAUUCAAAGUAGUUGGAAUCAGUAGUGUAACUAUUUGUUACCACUGUGGUGGUAAAUAACAAAUUGAUAUACGAUGUAUGUGAUCCUAUUUCUUUGUUAAUUCAGUACCACUGCCAGUUAUGUCACAUUUUCAUUUUUACUCAAAGGCUUCUACCCAAGCAUGAAGAGUAAAAGAUGUAGGAUUCCUAAAAGAUGCAGUGGCCUUGCUUAGUACUUGUUUGGGAUUUGCAAUGUAAUUUUUUAAAAAAGCACAGAAGAGAAGGUAUGCCUUGUAAGCAGACUACUGCCUCCUCAGUUUGUACUUGAAAUAAAUUUCAGGGAAUGGGACAAAAGCUCCCAUAUCUGGCAUUUCUAAAACUUGUUGCUGCCAUCAGAUUAUGUGGUACCAGAACCACCCCACCCCCACAACCCUCCCAAUAUCAGAUCAGGGGGAAUUUUCUCUCUGAUCAGCUAUGUUUUGAAGUUCAGGAAAAAAAAAUAUGGGAGCUGUUUGAAAGCUCUCAACUUGGUUUUUAGCGUGAUUAGCGAUUUAUCAAUUUGGCAGGUACAAUGUGCAUGAUUGAUGUGCUGUUUGAAAAGUAAUUUACUAGUGAAUUGGAUGUCUAAAGAAAUUUUAUUUUUUUUAUUGAAAGAGUAAACCAUUUCAAAUUUCUUUAGGCUGCAUUUUCAUUGAACUAAAAAACUGAAAGUGCAAGUGUCUGCUUAUUAAGUUGUAAUUGGAACAGUUGAUUGCAUGUUUGGAAGAGGUGAUAUUGAUUUUCUACACCUGUUCUGUACAAUAUUUUGUUGCUGGAAAUAAUAGAAACAAAGUCAAUCUUUACUGAGGUGAUGCCCAAUUUUUCCAUAAAUUAUUAUACAGGAAUUCUAAUCUUUUUUUAGCUCAUGAAAGGGUUGACAGUUCUCAUAUAUGGACCAGUGAUAUUUGUUAGUUUGGUCUAAUGGAUUAUGUUUGAAGGGUUAUUAAUCUGUUUUGCCAAUUGCAUUACGAUUUUUGACAUAAGGUCACUUACCCAGAUUUUAAUCAAUGGAAGGGUUAUCUGUAAUUUAGGAUAAUGAUUACUUUUCCUUUGAUAUGUAUUAUUGAAACUUUGAAAAGGUUCUUGCCACCCAAGGUUCAUGUUCUGUGUUUUCUUUCGCCCUACAAUGCUGUUCUUGAUGUUGUUCAACUACUGAUGAUCACAGAUUGAGUUUCUGAGCAUCUUAUUAAUGAAAUGUAUCGAAUUUUUGGAUUGUAUUCAAAUUGGAAGUUUCAGCACCAAUAGCAAAAACACAGUAAUUUACAUUUAAAUUAAAAUUUAUAUCUUUGAAUCCCUUCACAGCACGGCCACCCUUCUCCAUAGCGGCUACUUUUUUUUUUUUUUUUGGACACUACAAGAUCCUGCACUUUUUCUGGCUUGAAUUUGUUAUCCUGUGCGUUCACCUGCUUGCCCUCACUCUCUUUCAAGCAUCUGACUGCAUCUUUACUCAUCUAGAUUACAUACUUUGGAAUUUUGACUUUUCGCUUCAUGUUAUUCCUUGCUUUCUUAGAGAUGGAUUUUAGGGCAAUUCUAAAGGUUGUAAGUAGGGAUGAUUGCAAAACAUUGAGUCUUAGUCAUACAGCUGGGAAAAAAACAGACUAUUAGGCCUACUACUAGUUAGCCUAUCUUUAUUAAUCCCAUUUUUCAGCACACAUCCUUCUAUGCCUAGAUAAUUUAAAUGCUCAAUUAGACACUUAAAUGCUGUCAUUGUCUCUGCUUCCAACACUAGACAUUUGUAACAGCAAAUGAGUGGACAUUCACACAAAUGGGUUAAUUGGCACUAGCAUGCCACAAUAUAAGGUAAUGACCAUCUCCAACAAAAGAAAAUCCAUUCUUGCCAGGCAAAACAUUUUCAUUGUUGCAUCUUCAAGCAGAAUCGCAACAGGAUUAACUGCAUAAAUACUGUGCCUAUGAGAGCAGAUCAGAGGCUGGGUAUCUUGCAGUCUUUGCCUUACCCCCUGACAUCCCAAAGUCUUUCCACAAUCUACAAGGCACAAAUCAAAUUGGAAUACUCUGCCUGUCCAGUGCAGUUCCAACAACAAAUGUGACACCAUGCAGGAUAAAGCAGUCUGCUUUGUUCCUCAUCCACUAUUCCAAACAUUCAUUGCCUCCAUUGGUGGCACAUAAUGAUUAAGGUGAGUACCAUCUACAAAAUGCACUGUAGUAUCUAACCUACACUAUUCUGACAGUACCUCCCAAACCCAUGAUCUCUACCAGAAAAAGAGGUAAAGACAACAGUGCAUGGAACACCACUAACUGAAUGUUCCCCUCCAAGUCAUGCUGCAUCUUGAGACCAAUUAACAAUUGGAACUAUAUCACUGUUUCUGCUCAAUGUUGCUGGAACUCUUUUUCAGUAGCAGUCAGUGUAUCUUCAUCAGAAGGACACAGCAGGUGCUAAUCACCAUCUUUUGAAGAGCAAUUAUUGAUUGGCAAUAAAUACUGCAUUGUCUGUUAUAUGCAAUUCAUGAAAAACGAAUAAGUAAAA